AUGAACCAGCAUUCCGGUUCUGCGACCCUCCCGCGGGGUUUCCGGUAUUCUGCCUAUGAUGCGCCGAAGACACCAGAACCCUUUCCUCAACAUGACGGGGCUCUGCUUCCGUCGCCCCCAAGACCGCGCUUGAAGCUGAAGCGACGUGUUGUUUCCCAUUUCGCGCCGUCGCAUCAAUUUCUAGCCUCUGUGGCUGCCGCCGAUGUCGCGAUACCGAGUAUCGAGGCGCCAGAGGCGGAUUCCCAGGACCUCGACAUGAUCAGUAUUGAUGCGUUUCCAGAGCAGCGCUAUGACGGAGAUGGGGACCUGGUUCUCCUUCGACCCCGCGGAAGGACGUACUCCCCGCCUAAGACCCCGGCACCUGGCUUUGUCCCCUCGUUGUCUCCAAGGCGGUAUCCCAACUGGACAAUCGACUCGGCAAUCAGCAGCGUGGAGUCAACCCCCGAAUACGAGUCAAGCAGGCCCUCAACCUCGAGGUCUACACAAACCAGCGGAUCCCUGUUUAGCCGCUUCUCGCAUGCAUCUGACGACGAGCGUUGCGUGAGCUCCGGAGGGGAUAGAAAGGAUAGCGACCUUCUCGCGCCCGGCUUGGAUGAAUUUCUCGAUCUGUCUAGCACGAAAGGCAAGUCGAGGAAAGCGCCGUGGACCAAAGCUAUGAGCGACCAUUUGUGGGCGACGUUUCUCCUCUAUCUUCAGGACCCCAAGGUCACUCCCUUCCGCAUGGGAAAGAGCUGCAUUCCACCUCAUGGUGUUUGUCUUCGCGUUGCGCGGGAGUCAAAACGAAGCUGGAAGGGCACCAAGGCCUUAGCAAAGGCAGCCAACCCUGGAGAAGGCAAGAAGAGCGGGAGCAGCACCCCGACUGCCGAGAGCUCAGGAGUCUUUAUGCAAUGGCCGCAUACUUGCGCGGCAACUAGAGCCCAUCUACGCGAGCUGUGCAAGCUUAAAGCUGCUUCCGGCGCCAAGAACCAUCGCUUCAUGUCCCGGAGCCCGACUCCUUUCAGUCAAGCCGCUGCCCGCCACUGGAAUCGACGAUCAACUCCGGGGCGUGCGCCAUCCGCUUUCACAACACAAGACAUGUCCAUGUCGCUUGCUCUCAGUACGUCAGACAGCAUGCAGCCGAAUGGUCCUCUGGCCCAGCUCACUAGCUCAAUCACGGAACCCGCGGAUCAGGGCAUUUCACCCUUUCCCACGACCUUAGCUCCCGGUAUUUUUGAUGGCGAGCCUUCGUUUGCUGAGAGGCGACGUUUAGGCUCACCAUUCGGAGCGAGGAGUUAUGGACCCAGCUCUUCAGGGUCUCUUGCUGCAGCACUCGGAUUAAGCACCCCUAUGCCGCGCCGACUAACGCAUACUGUUGGGCCUCGCCGCACCCUCCAGUCGCCUGUCCGUCUCAGCCGCCCGGGUACACAAAAGCGCCGAAACACGCAAAGUAGCGAGCCUCGCAAGAGACCUACUAUUGGCGCUGAUUUGUGGUGUGAUCCUAAUGUCCGCGCCCGUGCUCCAUUCGAGGUUGCCCCUGCUCCGGAAUUUCGGUCCACAGGCUCGAACCAGCACGACGACCUCUUUAUACCAAGGACAGCGGCGGAGCCUCUAUUGGCGUCUUUAGCAACCGUGGUAGACGCUAGGUUACAGGCCGCAGCGCCGGGUUUGGCUCCUCCCCGGCUUGGCUCGCCCUUUUCAGCCUCGGUCUCAACUUCGAGCUUCAGCUUUCCGAACCGGCUUCAUCGAAUGCAUCAAGCCGGCAGCGUCGAUCUGGGGAUGCUCGGUCGACCAUUUGCAACAGUUCAGCAGACUACAGGGCCAAGCGCACCCCAGACGCGUCCCAGCCUGGCUGGUCGUCUAGCUUACAUCGACCAACGCCUCAAGGAGCUCCGCAACCGCGAGGCCCGUCCCCGCUCUGAGUCCCCCUUGUAA